CAUCUUGAUCAAGUCUUGACUAAUAUUUGACAUCAAAUUGAUAUCAGUGUGCCCACUGGGUAGUAGUAAAUGCUACAUUUGGUGUCAGAAGUGACUUAAACGCAAGAACUGUGCAUUCCUGCUGAGAUGGAUUACGGCGCGCAGGCGAAAGUGAAACUAGAGAUGCCGGUGGAGAGCAUGGAUAUAAAAAACGAGUGUUUGUGGACACACAGCCAGGUGGUAGAUCCGCACUGGAUUUCGGGAGAGGCGGACGGAAAGAGUGAGGCUAUCAGGUUGCAAGCUGCGGAAGCUGGCUUUGCGCCCCUCAUCGCGUCGCGCGGGAAAUAUGUGCUUCAACAAAAUGGCGCAGAAAUAACGGCGCAUGUGCAAGCUGGCGUGCUGUGCUCUCACUAUGAUGUGAUGACGCAGGAUGUAAACAAUCCUUGCGGCCCCCAGUUCCCCAGGGAGUAUGUCCGAGAUUCAGACAUUCGUGCUAUUAAAACACCACGGUUCUCCGGUAAGACAGAUUGGGAUGCAUUCCGAGCCCAGUUUGAAUUGUUAGCUGAUGCUGCAGGCUGGUCUGUAAACCAUAAAGCCUUACAGCUAGCACUGUGCCUCACUGAUGAUGCAGCUGCAUGCCUGUUGUUACUGAGCCCUGCGGAGCGGAAUGAUUAUAAUGCACUGGUUGGGGGCCUUCAUAGAUGGUUUGGACAUUGUAGUCAGCCUGUCCUUUUAAGGACAGAAUUUCAUAACAGAUACCGAAGACAAGGUGAGCCCCUCCAAAUUUUAGCCAACGGCAGUUCAAGGUCCUUCCUUUUGGGCUCUGCAAUGCACCUGCCACGUUUGAAUGGCUCAUGGACAAAGUGUUGGAGGGAGUUCCUCACCAUGAAUGUCUUGUAUAUUUGGAUGAUCUGCUAGUUCAUGGUGCAUCAUUCGAUAGAGCACUUGAUUCUGUCAGUCGUGUGCUUGGAAGAGUGGUGGUGGCAGGCCUAAAAUUACAUCCAGAUAAAUGCCACUUUAUGAGGUGGGAAGUUGAGUUCCUUGGCCUCUGGGGAGGGAGGGCAUAGGCACCAGGAAAAAAUUAACACUAUCAGAGACUGGCCAGCCCCUACAGACCUUAAGCAGUUGAAGAGUUUUCUGGGGCUAGCAUCUUACUAUAGGAGGUUUGUAAAAGGGUUUUCGUGCAUAGCUGCACCACUCUUCCACCUCCAACAGAAAGACUGUGCCUUUGUAUGGACUGAUGAGUGCCAGAAGGCAUUCGAUACCCUUAGGCAGGCAUUAAUUAAAGCCCCAGUUCUUGUUCCUCCUGACACUGAUCUGCCUUUUGUUUUAGACACGGAUGCAAGCGAUGCUGGUGUUGGGGCGGUGUUGCCACAGACCGGAUCUGAGGGUGAGAAGGCCUAUACAGAUAAAGAGAUCAGACUCACCAGAACCCAGCAGUAUCUCCAUGAAGAGUGAUGUGUCUAUGGAUCUUCCUUGGAACAUUACAGACUCUUUACAUGCAGUCAGGUCUAUACAGAUAAAGAGAUCAGACUCACCAAAACCCAACUGUCUCUCCAUGAAGAGUAAUGUGUCUAUGGAUCUUCCUAGGAACUUUAAAGAUGCAGACUCCUUACAUGCAGACAGUACUGUACCAAAGAAUAGAUCAAAGUCACCAGAACCCAGCUGUGUCUCCAUGAAGAGUGAUGCGUCUAUGGAUCUUCCUUGGAACUUUAAAGAUGCAGGCUCCUUACAUGCAGACAGUAUUGUACCAAAGAAGAGAUCAAAGCCAUCAGAGCCCAGCUGUGUCUCCAUGAAGAGUGAGGUGUCUAUGGAUCUUCCUUCGAACUUUAGAGAUGCAGGCUCCUUACAUGCAGACAGUGCUUCAAGAAAGGCAUUAAAGAGAAGAGAAAUCAUCUCAGCUACAGGACACAAACCACAAUCUGCUGCUGUUAAUGAACUCCAGAAAAAGUUCAAAUUAAAUCUGAAGAAGAAGUUUCAGUGUUUAAAUGGAGUGAUGUUAAACCUGGGAACCCAAAGACUCCUGAAUGAGAUCUACACAGAGCUCUACAUCACAGAGGGAGACAGUGGAGACGUCAAUAAUGAACAUGAGGUGAGACAGAUCGAGGCAGCAUCCAGGAGAACAACAACAACAGAGGAAACACCAAUCAAAUGUAAUGACAUCUUUAAGCCUUUGUCUAAAAAAGACAAACCCAUCAGAACUGUGCUGAAAAAGACCUCAUCUGAACAAGACAAACCCAUCAGAACUGUUCUGACAAAGGGAGUCGCUGGCAUCGGAAAAACAGUCUCUGUACAGAAGUUCAUUCUGGACUGGUCUGAAGGGAAAACAAAUCAGGACGUCCACCUCAUAUUUCCACUUCCUUUCAGAGAGCUGAAUUUGAUGAAGGACCAGAAACUGAGUCUGAUGGAGCUCCUUCAUGUCUUUUUUAAGGAAACAAAAAAAACAGAAAUGUCCAGAUUGGAAAAGGUUCUGUUCAUUUUUGACGGAUUGGACGAGUGUCGUUUUCCUCUGAAUUUCCAGAACACAGAGAGAGUGUGUGAUGUAACUGAAUCAGCAUCAGUGCAGGAGCUGCUGAUAAACCUGAUCAAAGGGAAUCUGCUUCCCUCUGCUCUCAUCUGGAUCACCUCCCGACCAGCAGCAGCUGAUCAAAUCCCCUCUGAGUGUGUGCAUCGAGUCACAGAGGUACGAGGGUUCAAUGACCCACAGAAGGAGGAGUAUUUCAGGAAGAGGAUCAGUGAUCAGAGCCUGGCCAAUAACAUCAUCACACACCUGAAGUCAUUAAGAAGCCUCUACAUCAUGUGCCACAUCCCAGUCUUCUGCUGGAUUUCAGCCACUGUUCUAGAGAGGAUGUUGGGUGAAGCAGAGACUGGAGAGAUCCCCAAGACUCUGACUGAAAUGUACACACACUUCCUCAUCAUUCAGACAAACAUCAUAAGAGGAAAAUACUCACAGAAGCAGGAGAGUGAUGAAGAAAUGCUUCUUAAACUGGGACAACUGGCUUUUCAGCAGCUGAUGAAAGGGAACCUGAUCUUCUAUGAGGAAGACCUGAGAGAGUGUGGCAUUGAUGUGAGAGAAGCAGCAGUGUACUCAGGUGUGUGUACGCAGAUCUUCAGAGAGGAGUUUGGGCUUCACCAGAGUAAAGUGUACUGCUUUGUUCAUCUGACCAUUCAGGAGCAUCUUGCAGCUCUGUAUGUGCACCAGACCUUCAUGAAGAAAAAGAUAAAUGUUCUUAAUCAGAGUCAGGUCUGUAACACAAUUUCAGAUGUUCACAAGUCUGCAGUAGAGCAGGCAUUAAAAAGUCAAACUGGACAUCUGGACCUUUUCCUUCGCUUUCUUCUGGGUUUCUCACUGGAGUCCAAUCAGAAACUCUUACAUACCUUAAUAACACAGACAGGAAGUAGCUCCGACAGCAAAGAGGAAACAGUUCAGUACAUUAAGCAGAAGAUCAGUAAAGAUCUUCCUCCAGAGAAAUCCAUCAAUCUGUUCCACUGUCUGAAUGAACUGGGUGAUAAUUCUCUAGUGGAGGAAAUCCAACGCUACCUGAAAUCUGGAAAACAAAGUAGACUCUCUUCCUCCCAGUUGUCUGCUCUGGUGUUUGUGUUACUGACCUCAGAACAGGAUCUGGAAGAAUUUGACCUAAAUAAAUAUUUCAGUCCAGAGAAGAUAACAGAUCUGGUUCUUCUGAAGAUGAUGCCUGUGAUUGCAGCAUCCAGAAAAGCAAUUAUCAGGUGUGAUGCAAUACAAAGUGGUUUGUUGGCUCUGGCAUCAGUGCUCAACUCAAAAAGCUCCAAUCUGAAAGAACUGCAUCUGACUGUUGAUACACUUCAGGUGUCUGGGAAUGAUCUAAGGAUCUCAGGAGUGAAUACUCUCUGUGCUGUACUGGAGAAUCCUCAGUGUAAAGUGGAGAAACUGAGGUUGUGUGAUUGUGGUGUCUCAGAUGAAGGCUGUGCUGCUCUGACUUCAGCUCUGAGAUCAAACCCCUCACACCUGAGAGAACUGAAUCUAUCUGAGAAUAAUCUAGGAGACUCAGGAGUGAAGAGUCUCUCUGGUCUACUGGAGAAUUCUCUCUGUAAACUGGAGAGACUGGGGUUGUGGGAUUGUGGUGUCUCAGAUAAAGACUGUACUGCUCUGACUUCAGCUCUGAGAUCAAACCCCUCACACCUGAGAGACCUGGAUCUGUCUGAGAAUAAUCUAGGAGACUCAGGAAUGAAGAGUCUCUCUGCUCUACUGGAGAAUCCUCUCUGUAAACUGGAGACACUGAGGUUGCGUGGUUGUGGUGUCUCAGAUGAAGGCUGUGCUGCUCUGACUUCAGCUCUGAGAUCAAACCCCUCACACCUGAGAGAACUGGAUCUGUUUGGGAAUAAUCUAGGAGACUCAGGAGUGAAGAGUCUCUCUGCUCUACUGGAGAAUCCUCUCUGUAAACUGGAGACACUGAGGAUCAGGUGUGAUACAAUUCAAGAAAAAACUAGUGUAGCUCUGGCAUCAGUACUCAACUCAGAAACCUCCAAUCUGAAAGAACUGCACCUGACUGUGUAUGCACUGGAGCUGUCUAGGAAUGAUCUAGGAGCAUUAGGAGUGAGAGAAAUGCAUCUGACCGUGGAUACACUGGAGUUGUAUGGGAAUAAGCUUGGCGAUUCAGGAGUGGAAACACUCUGUGCUGUAUUGGAGAAUCCCCAGUCUAAAGUGGAGAAAGUAAGGUUGUAUAGUUGUCGUGUCUCAGAUGAAGGCUGUGCUGCUCUGACUUCAGCUCUGAGAUCAAACCCCUCACACCUGAGAGAACUGAAUCUGUCUGGGAAUAAUCUAGGAGACUCAGGAGUGAAGAGUCUCUCUGCUCUACUGGAGAAUCCUCACUGUAAACUGGAGACACUGAGGUUGUAUGAUUGUGGUGUUUCAGUUGAAGGCUGUGCUGCUCUGACUUCAGCUCUGAGAUCAAACCCCUCACACCUGAGAGAACUGAAUCUGGAUGGGAAUAAAAUCAGAGACUCAGGAGUGAAGAGUCUCUCUGCUCUACUGGAGAAUCCUCUCUGUAAACUGGAGACACUGAGAGCUAAAGUAGAGAACAGAAUCAACAGGUUGUGUGGUUGUGGUGUCUCAGACGAAGGCUGUAAUGCUCUGACUUCAGCUCUGAGAUCAAACCCCUCACACCUGAGAGACCUGAAUCUGUCUGAGAAUAAACUAGGAGACUCAGGAGUGAAGAGUCUCUCUGCUCUACUGGAGAAUCCUCUCUGUAAACUGGAGACACUAGGUUGCAUUGAUUGUGAUGUCUCAGAUGAAGACUACGCUGCUCUGAGUUCAGCUCUGACAUCAAACCCUUCACACUGUAUCUACACAUGUAGCAAACCAAAAGAAUGGGAAGAAACUUGGCUAUACAACUACAAAGACCAUUUCCUAAACACAAUUUCAACACCAAGAGGCUAAAUGCUGUUCACAGGAAAAAAAAUGUAAACACUUUGUAAGCAACAAAACUGAAGCAUGUAAUCGGCUACUACACGUUACAAAAACAUGGUUUUUGCAAUGGUAUAAGGACCAUUACUGUGCGACCUAAAACUCACUGAACUCUACAGACCUAUUUCAAACCUUCCGUUUAUAUCAAAAAUAUUUAAAAAAGGUGGUGUCAGCUCAAUUAUGCUCCUUCUUACAGUAAAACAAUAUCCUUGAAGAAUUUCAGUCAGUUUUCAGGCCCCAUCAUAGUACAGAAACUGCACUAGUUAAAAUCACAAAUGACCUGUUUUUAGCUUUGGACCAAGGCUGCAUCUCAAUUUUAGUCCUGCUUGAUCUUAGUGCUGCAUUCAACACUAUAGAUCGUAACAUUCUCGUAGAUCGCUUACAAAAUCACACAGGUAUGCAGGGACAGGCAUUAAAAUGGUUUAGAUCCUGUUUGAUCUAUACCACUUUGUAGAUUUAAAUGGAGAACUGUCCAGUGUAGUGCCAGUGAAAUACGCGGUCCCACAAGGAUCAGUUUGAGGACCUCUGCUUUUCUCGGUAUACAUGAUUCCAUUGGGUAACAUCAUUAGAAGGCAUGGGAUUGGUUUCCAUUGUUAUACCGAUGACACCCAGUUAUAUAUAUCAUCAAAACCAGAUGAAAUAUCUAAAUUGUCUAGACUAACUGAGUGUGUUAAAGAUAUUAGAGAUUGGAUGACCGAUAAUUUUCUAUUACUAAAUUCUGAUAAGACAGAGAUAUUAUUAUUGGUCCAAAAACCAGUACACAAAAGCUCUCACAAUCCGGCUUGCAUUUAGAAGGAUGUACUGUUACUACUAGCUCAACAGUGAAAGACCUGGGCAUAAUAUUAGACAGCAACUUGUACUUUUGAAAAUCAUAUUUCCAAUAUUACAAAAACAGCCUUCUUCCAUCUUAGAAAUAUUGCCAAGCUUAGGAACAGUUUAUCUGUAUCUGAUGCAGAAAAGCUAGUUCAUGCAUUCAUGACCUCCAGACUGGACUAUUGUAAUGCAUUACUUGGUGGUUGUCCUGCAUCUUCAAUAAACAAGCUACAGUUAGUCCAGAAUGCAGCCGCCAGAGUUCUUACCAGAUCAAGAAAAUAUGAUCGUAUAACCCCAAUAUUAUCAUCCCUCCACUGGCUACCUGUUAAGUUUAGAAUUGACUAUAAAUCACUCUGAUGAAAGUCGAUUUACGUUGAGCAGAAAUAAUGGCCGCAACGAUGUUGGAGACGUCAAGGAGAGCGCUAUGCAUCAGCCACUGUUGUGGUGGUGUUACAGUCUGGGCAGGUGUGUCUACUCAAUACAGAACUGCCGUAGAUCUUGUGAAUGGUACAGUGACAAGCCAAUACUACCUGAAUAACAUCAUUAAUCCAGUCAUUGUGCCCCUGCAUGAACAACACAGACCUAAUUUCAUCUUCAUGGAUGACAAUGCUCCAGCUCAUCGAGGUUGCAUCAUUAGGGAACGGCUGCUGGAGGCUGAGGUACCUCAAAUGGAGUGGCCUGCAUUUUCUCCAGACCUGAAUCCCAUAGAAAACCUAUGGGAUCAGCUGAGACGCCGUGUAGAGGCUCGUAACACUGCACCCCAGAACCUCAAUGACCUGAGGGCCACCCUUCAAGAAGAGUGGAAUGCACUCACUAUUCACUAUUAAAUUAAAUGCCUCAGCAGACAAUAAGACAAUAAUUCAGUAUAUUCAGGUUAUCAGCUGACCUCAUUUUUGGGCACAUAGUGUUGCUGAACCUGAGCAACUGAAGCAGCUCCAGAUCAUCACACUGCCCCCACAUUCUUGUACAGUAGGCACAAGGCAUGAUGGGUGCAUCACUUCAUCCACCUCUCUUUUUACCCUGAUGCACCCUUCCCUCUGUAACGGGAUAAACCUGGACUCAUCAGACCACAUGACCCUCAGCCUCAGUGAUAAGAGAAAUUCUUAAGGCUACACAGCUGUUUAGUCACAAUCCUUUGAGUUGUUUUUACAUUGUGCAUGUGGAAGUGCUAUUACUUUCACUAUUAAACACACCAGUGUGUUCAAAUGUUUGUGCUAUGAUUUGAUUUCACCAAAUGUUUAAGUAAUCCAAUCACAAAGAUUUUUUUCUGACCACAUUUCAAAAUCGAAAAUGAUGGUUCACCCUUAUCCUUUCAGGUUUUAAUAGAGUUUCAUUGCUUGAUGUGGUAAUAAUUUGACCCUUCUGAAAAACAGAAAGGUGGUUUUCCACGACCACUGGAUAUGUCUUUCAAUGCUUGUUUAAGAAAUGUAUACAGUGUCCAUGUUUGAGAGCUCAGUGUACAAGUUGCAUAGUUUAAAUGCAGUUCUUUAUGUUGAGAACUACAACUGAGUGUUUUUGCAACAAGUCUGUGGCUAUGAACAGGGUUGCCAAAUCUCUCCCCACCCCAAAACACUGGACAACUGAACAAAACUGUACCUGUUAGCAUUAAUAAAGGCACAAGGGACCAGCAACCACAACUAGUCCGCACUACCUGACCAGUGAAGCCUGCAAGUUUGUCAUUGUUGCCAAAAACCUAAUUGUGAUUUCAUUGGAAGAUGUCAUAAGCUGUUCUGCUGAGUCUACAAUCGUGCAUAUCCUCUGCAGCUUGCUUCAAUUUUCAUCUUUGUUUUAUUUAUGUGACAUUCUAAGCAUUCUAAGAAGAUCUAGUUUAAGUUUAACCGUGGCCUGGUUGUUGGUGUUAGAUUGGCUGGUUUGAGUAUUUUAGACCUUGGGAAUACUCAGGGAUUUUCACACACAACUGUCUCUAGAGUUUACACAGAAUAAGGAAAUAAAGCACUGCCUCCCAUCCCUUAACACUGCCUGACUGAUCCCACCAUCUAUCAGGUUUCUGGACUCUAUUCUGGCACCUGAAGUACUUACACUAGCACUCUGCAGCUACUCAGCUCCAUAUGCAGCAAGCUGUGAUGCUCUGUGUGAUCUGACUUCUUUCUAUCAGAGCCACCAUUCACCUUUUGAGCAGUUUGUGCUGCAGAAGAUUUUCUGUGGGAUCAAACCAGAUGUCUAGCCUUCACUCCACACAUACAAGGACCUUUGAGCACUAGUGACACUGUUGCUAGUUCACCAGUUGUCCUUCCUUGGACCACUUUCUGAAGAAAUAAAUAUAUAGAUUAAAUGGAAUAAUUAUUGUUGUAUAAAGUUAGUUGUGUAUUUACGUAUUGAACAUGCAAAAAAUUUCUUACAGUUAUUAAAAAAUAAAUGUGUCAAAAUAUA